UUAUUUUAAAUGAUGUCUUAUAUCUGUGCAUUAAUAUUAAACGGGUUGUAAUGAGAGCCUCCUGCCUGCAUGUUUCUCCAUUUGUGUAACUUCAUUCUGCACCUCUCAUGUGAUGCCAAAACAAACAAGAACAACUGCAAGCUCAGCAGCUCGUAAAGCGCAUGUGGUCAUGAUGACAUAUUAGAUGAACAUCUUUAGAAGUAAUCGGAUUGUUUAUAGGAUAUUGAUAGUAAUACUUAAACGUGGCCACGUGAUUUGAUUUAAAGAUACAUUGUCUUUAAGUAAAUAAGAUGAUAAAGGAGCACAGCGACCUGUUUUCUGACUCCCAGUGUAAAAUCUGCAGUGCUGUCCUAAUUUCCGAGUCUCAGAAGUUGACUCAUUACCAGAGCAAGAAACAUGCCAACAAAGUACGACGUUAUAUUUCCUUGCGUGGUGAGAAGGAGGAAGGUUUUAAAAAGCUCAAGUCAGAAUCACCUGACACUCAGGACUGCAACAAUGGAGACACAGACCGCUUGAAGGUGUGUCAUGUAUGUAACAUGACGUUCUCUGCUCCUGUGGUGGCCGAGUCACACUACCAAGGCAAAGUUCACGCCAAGAACCUGAGGUUGAAAAACAUUGUUCCUCAGACCCCAGUAGCGUCCCAAUCAGCACCAACAGUUCAGCUAAAAAAGCAAAGUGCAGAUGAUACAAGCAGUGUCCUGACAGUGGGCAACAUCAGCGACAGCGACCCACACCGUUUCUGCUCCAUCUGCCAGGCGUCGUUCAACAACCCCGUCAUGGCCCAGCAGCACUACGUCGGCAAGAAGCAUCGGAAACAGAUGACCAAGCUCAAACUGAUGGAGACGUACGGCCCCUCUACAGCACCAGCUUCAACACUAAAGGGCUACCCAUGCACUGUCUGCAACAUUGAACUUAACUCUGUGGAGCAGUACCAGUCUCAUAUAAGUGGAGCCAAACAUAAGAACCAAGUCAAGAAAACAGGCCUGAGUGUUUCAGGAAACAAACACCCAGCAGAACAAUCACGCGUAGGUGAAAACCAGCUUGCAAGCAGAGACAACCAGUGCAAUGCCACUGGGCAAAUCCAGUAUGACACCAGAGGUGACCAGUAUACAGCUGGAGAUAACCAGUACACGCCUGAGGACACGGAGUACUCCGAGGCGUACCAGUACACCUGAGGCUGGACUGGGAGGGACUGUACGGGUUUGCGUCAAGGACCUGGAAUGAGACACAACAACCAGCCCCUUUAACACAUUAAAAAUCCAUCAGCCUCCGAGGACCUCCAGCUUCUCAGUAGGUUCUCUACCCAAACCAGAAGACCAGAAGUAUCACUUUCCCAGCUUAAAACAUGUUGUGAAACAUGAAUUUCUUUUAUUUAUUGAAGUUCUCUCCUCUGUUGACCUCGUGUGUGUGUUUGUGAUCAGAGAUUCAGCAGUGUUGAACAAGCAAAGAACAUCUGCGGCUUCAACUUUUUUACAGACACAAAACCUUUCUUUAGAAUUUUUUUUUCCCAGUACCUUACUUCAACAAGAGUUAAAUGCUAUUUUUGAUUUUGAUUAAUCACCUUUACUGGCCAAGUAAUGCAAGAAAUUCGUACAUUGUAUAGGAUUUCAUAUUUUAGACUUUGCUUUAAAUUAGUAAAUAUACUUUAAAUCAGAUCCGAUUACAGCCACGAUGGUAGUUUAUGCUGUUGGACUCAUUUGAGCUUCUACCAAAAUGGAAGUGAGGUUAGAAACUUGGCCUGGAUGUGAUUCGUGUACAUCAUCAAUAUGCAGUUUCGUGGAGUCCUGUCAGUUUGAUACAUUUGGCUAAUAUAAUAAUUUGACCACCACCAACGUGUCCGAUUCAUAGUAGCUGCACCACAUGUACCUGUUGCCAUUUUCCCUUCAUGUCUGUAGUUUUUUAAUUUUAUCUGCACAGGGAGGUCAGUAACUGUGGCCAGUUUUGAUAAUGUCUUUGCUGUCUAACUGUGUAAAACCUUUGAGUCCAGAUAAAACUCACACUAGUUCCAUUUGGUCCAAAUUUCCUUUGCAAGUUUUCUUUUUCUAUUUUCUUUGACCCGGCAUGUUUUAUUUCUUUCUCAUUUUAGUACUGUAGUUGUGAAAAACUGAACAAUAAUUGAAAAAUAAUUUAUUCAAGCAUUUUCCUAAAAGGUUUAUUUAUGCAUUGUUUUUCUUGGUCAAUGUAAAUAAUUUUAUUUUUAUAAUUGGUCACAUUGCAAAAUAGUGAAAUAUUUCAUCAUAGAAUAUUGUGACAGUAAAAAUCUUUGCAAGCAGCUCAUUUAUUUAAGAGAUGAAAUAUGUUAAAGUUCACAAACCUGCGAUGUCUUCACAUUCAUCAAAUCCACACUGUCAGUCUUUAUUUGUAUUUUGUAGAGCUGAUGUCAUUUUAUAUGAUUUUUUUUAAUUUGAAGAGUUUUAGUUGAAAAAAACAGGAUGUUACAAAAAAGAGAUGAGAGGAUUUACAGCAAGUAUGAAAACUGUCAUAUUUCAGAUGAAUAGAGUUUCUGGAUCAGUACAUUGAUAAAUACUGUCAACAGUAAACAUUACAAUAUUUACCGCAGAGAUUUUAAAGAGUGAUGUCAAAUUAGAAAGUGAUGUCAAAAAUAGUUUUUGUUGUUUGCUUCUAAGUUGACAAUAGAUUUUUUUUAGUAUUUAAUAUUUAACUUUUUAGCUAAAAGGAAGUUCUUUUUUGAAGUAUUGUCACAAAGAGGGCUCUUCCAUAUUGUGCAGCUUAUGAUGUAUAAAAGACAAAUGGCCUAUAUCUUUUCACCAUCAUUGUGUUGUUUUUCUGUUUAGGUUAUGUACUUAAGGGCAAAGAUUCUGUGAAUAUGCAUUAAGUAAAUACGUGUUUUAAGAGA